AUGUCAGGUCAAGAGUUAUGGCAGACAACAUGGGUCAUGCUUGUCUCUGGGGGAAUAGUAGGGUUUCUCCUUCUUUGGCCAGAAGGAGCAGGAGAAGUGAUCAGUUGGGUUAUGGGUGAGAAACCGUCCGUUGGAGAAGGCGGUGAAGCCGCUCGUCCUUCACCAGGAAAGAAUAUGCCGGGAAUGGGAAGAGGUCCAGGUAGACCGAUGGUCGGUCCUGUUGGUGGGAUACCAGGUGUGGGGAGGGUACCUCCGGGGAUGUUUGGAAUGAAGGGUAUGCCGAUGCAAGGAGUUGGGGGAUUACCAGUACAGGGAGUAGGAGGAUUGCCAGUCCAGGGUAUUGGGGCAAGUCCAGGAGUUGGUGUACCAGGCAUUGGGAUAGGUGGUAUGCCUUUUGGGGUGGGUGUGAAUGGUCAGGGGAGAGGAAUUGAUAGGUUACCCGGCUUAGGGAGUGGUGUGGAAAGAGGAAUGGUGGGCUCGAGACUCAUUGGAGGUCCAGGUCAAGCUUCAAUCCUUGUCCCCACAACCGAUCCCAACUCCCAUCUGACAGCUUUACGUCAAGGAGUUUUUCGAGGAUGGUACGAUCCUUCCGAUCCCGAUACUACCAUUUCUCUCAUCAUCCUAAUCUUCUCUGUCCUUUUCACAAUAGUAAUCCUUGGUCAAAUCCUCAAAGCGGCUUACGAUGCUAAACCUCCACUUCCCGCUCCCACACCAGCUGAGGCUUUACUGACAGGAUCCGCUUGGCUCAGUAACGAAUUGAAACGACGUCAAGUCGAAAUGCGAGAUGAGACUAUUUUCAGGUUGAAAGAAGCUGCGGCGGAGAUAGAGAAGAAACAAUUGAAAAUUGAGAAUGAAGAAGGUAAAGAGAAGGCUGAAAAAUGGAGGAAGAAUUUUGAUGCGGAUCGCACAGAGCAGGGGGAAAGGUUGAAGGGAUCAUUGAAAAGACAAGGUAAAGAUUACGUCAGGUUGAGUGCAAAGGAUUGGGAGAGAAUUAAAGCAGAAGUUAAGCUUGAAGCUAGAAAGUCAGGUGAAUCUAAAGAUAAAGGGAAAGAGGAGGGGAAGGAAACAGAAAAGGAAAGACAGAAACGAAAAGAAAAGGAAAAAAAGGAAUCGGGUGGUGAUAAAACUUCAAAAUCCACUGAAACGGAAACGAAAACGGAAACCAAAAAAGAAAAAAGGACAUUGGGAAACUUUAUGAGAAAAUGGUUUUUACGUGAUGGAGCAACGACUAGCGCUCCGAAAGGAAAAGAAAAAGAUACAAAGGUCAAAUUCGUCGAUCCUAUAACUGCUCAAGCUAACAUAGCUCAAAGUACCGCCAACGCUCAGGCUAUGGCCGAUCGACUCAAUCGGUCAAAAUAG